GAAGAUCCCAGUGUGGUCUGUGGUGGUUCACACACUGUAUUAUCAUCGUGCGUCGAUCAGACGACUUCAUCAAGUGCUCAAAAGUCCUUCGCUGCUCCAUCCUGUCCAUUAACAGUCCAACCAACAGCAACUGAUUCGGCUAUCGAUUCGACUCUGUCGAUUGUUGGUCAAACAGACUUCGAUUUACCGCCACCAAUGAGUGAUUUGAGUAGUGCAGUUGCGGAUGCUGCUGCUUCACAUAAUAUUUCUUCGGUUUGCUUUUUAUAUCCUUGUUUAAUGAUUAUUUUUUGCAUGAUCUGUCUUGAUGAGAAUAUUAUGGAUUAUCAGCCACAAGUUGAUGAGCCAUCUGCAGUAAUUGCAACGGAAACCACUAGUGAAGGUGAGAAUGAAGGUAAUGAAAAGGAAACGAAAAGUGCUGAAGAGAUGGCAAGGAUCAAACGGCAAUACGUCCUUAUGGAACUAGUAGAAACGGAACGUGAUUACGUGAAAGACUUGAGUUCUGUUGUUGAUGGAUAUAUGGCAAAUUUACAAACGAUGGAAUUACCAGAAAAUUUAGUCGGAAAAGAUAAAAUAAUCUUUGCAAAUAUUGCCCAAAUACUUGAUUUUCAUAAAACAUUGUUUUUGAAGGAAAUCGAAAAGUGCCUUGAGGAUUAUGAAUUUGCGGGUAGUGCAUUCGUUAAAUAUGAACGUCGUUUGCAUACGUAUUAUGUGAAAUAUUGUCAGAAUAAGCCAAAAUCGGAUUUUCUUAUGGCACAAGAUGAUUUCGAACAAUUUUUCGCGGAGACGAAACAAAAGCUUGGCCAUAAAGUUGCAUUAUGCGAUUUAUUAAUUAAACCAGUUCAGCGUAUUAUGAAAUAUCAGUUAUUGCUCAAAGAUAUAAUGAAAUAUACUGAAAGAGCUGGCGAUCGGACUGAAAUUCUACAGAAAGCUCAACAGGUGAUGCAUAUUGUGCCAAAAGCAUGUGAUGAUAUGAUGCAAGUUGGUCGACUUCAAAAUUUUGAUGGCAAUCUAAAUGCGCAAGGAAAAUUGAUCUUUCAGGGAACUCUCGCUAUUUCCGAUAAUGCACCUUCGCAGCCAUUUAAAGCGAAGGAUCGUAGGGUUUUUCUCUUUGAGCAGUCUGUAAUUAUUGCUGAUUGUAUUCUUCCGAAAAAAGAAUUUGGCAAUCCGACAUACAUUUUCCGAAAUCAAAUUAUGAUGGUACUUGAAGCAAAGAUUCCUGAUGAACCAUUGCGCUUUAUCGUUCGUAGUAAUGAUCCUACGCAGCCUAAUGCAUUCCUCGCACAAGCUAACACUAUAGAAGAAAAGAACGAAUGGAUUGCGAAAAUAAACAGUCAAUUAGAUCAACAAAAAACUUUACUAGCGGCUCUGGUCGAUCCAAAACGUUACCAGAAUCAGUUAGCUGGAGGUGUAAAUGCUAUUUCUUUAGAGGAAGGAUCGUCAGAUAAGAAAAAGCCGAUGUUCUCGCGAUUAACGGGUAAAAGCAAAGAAAAUCUUGUCAAUGCACCAUCACCAAAUUCUAGUGGAUCCGUGCAAUCGCCAAAGCAUAAUUCAUCUUCGAAUAAAUCGUCAAAAUUGUUUGGUUUUGGAAGGAAGUCAAAUAGUAAAUCGACAGUUUCACCACCUCCGGUAGGUAAAUUGAAAUGA